UUGAUAAUGAUCAAGUUCUUUAUGUUGGCCAAUAGACAGGGUCAGGUCAGACUGUCACAGUACUACCAAUAUGUACCCUUUGAGAAACGUCCAGCUCAAGAGGCAGAGAUAAUAAGGAAAUGUGUUGCGAGGAGUGUAAAUCAAUGUUCAUACCUUGAGUAUCAAGACUACAAGUUGGUCUACAGGAGAUAUCUCUCAUUGUACUUUAUAGUUGGUGUCGAUCAUUCAGAGAAUGAACUAUCAAUCCUAGAACUGAUACAUAACUAUGUCGAGAUACUUGAUACUUUGUUCGAACAAGUUAUGUUCCACAUUGACAAGGCACACUUCAUUCUUGAUGAGAUGAUAUCGAAUGGACACAUUGCAGAGGUGUCCAAACAUCAGAUACUUGAAUGUGUAAAUCUAAUGACAUUGGCUGAUAAGCAACAACAU